GACACGUGAACACACGCGCUCGCGCGCACACUCGAUCAGCAGGCUACACACACUUCGGUAGUUACAUAUAACACAGAUUUAACAUUUACACUUUAGUUAGUAAUCUGUGAUGAUGAUGAUGAUGAAGAUGAUGAUGUCCAGAUGUGUGAGCAGUUUCAUGUGCAGGCUGAAAUCAGCUCCAGCGCCGCUGUUCUGCAGAAUGCAGCACUCACAGCAGGACAGAUCUGCCCCCUUUCGCCCUGAGACCUCGAUGGCCAAGACGCUGAUGGACAUCGGGGCACGGAGGAUUUUCUCCGAGGAACACGACCUGUUCAGACACAAUGUCCGGCGGUUCUUUAAGGAGGAAGUGGUUCCUUAUCACAGGGAGUGGGAGAAAGCAGGUGAGGUGAGUAGGGAGGUGUGGGAGAAGGCGGGACUGCAGGGGCUGCUGGGUAUUUACACUCCUGCUGAACAUGGUGGGAUCGGAGGAGACCUGCUCUCUGCUGCCAUCAUGUGGGAGGAGCAGAUGUACUCUAACUGUUCAGGUCCUGGCUUUUCUCUGCAUUCAGAGAUCGUGAUGCCGUACAUCAGUCAUUAUGGUUCACAGGCUCAGAUUGAGCGCUACCUGCCCCAGAUGGCUGCUGGGAAAUGCAUCAGCGCCAUCGCCAUGAGUGAACCGGGGGCGGGCAGUGAUAUUCAGGGAGUGAAGACGUACGCUCGGCGAGACGGCACUGACUGGAUCCUCAAUGGAAAUAAGGUGUUUAUCACUAACGGCUGGAUGAGUGACCUGGUCAUUGUUGUCGCUGUAACGAAUCGUGAGGUGAAAUCAGCAGCUCAUGGUCUAAGUCUGUUUCUGGUGGAGAGCGGCACCAAGGGCUUCACCAAGGGACGGAAACUGGAGAAGAUCGGUCUGAAAGCACAGGACACAGCAGAGUUGUUUUUUGAGGAUGUUCGUCUCCCAGCUGAUUCUGUACUCGGAGAACUGAACAGAGGUUUUUACUACCUCAUGAAUGAACUGCCACAGGAGCGGUUGAUAAUAGCAGUCAUGGCUCUGGCCAGCUGUGAGUUUAUGUUUGAGGAGACUCGGGAUUAUGUAACUCAGAGGAAAGCCUUUGGAAAAACCGUAGCUGACCUUCAGACAGUUCAGCACCGGUUAGCUGAGCUGAAGACGGAGAUCUGUGUGGGUCGAGCUUUUAUUGAUAACUGCCUCCAGCUGCACAGUGAGAAGAAGCUGGACUCCAGCACGGCCUCUAUGGCCAAAUACUGGGCAUCAGAGUUACAGAAUAAAGUGGCCACUCAGUGUCUGCAGCUGCAUGGUGGGUGGGGCUACAUGUGGGAAUAUCCAAUCGCCAGAGCUUUCGUGGACGCUCGCGUGCAGCCCAUCUACGGCGGGACCAAUGAGAUCAUGAAGGAGCUGAUCGCUCGCACCAUCGUCACACACAGAUAGACGACUGCCGAGCCGAGAGAUCGGACCGUGUGUGUGUGUGUGUGUGUGUGUGUGUGUGUGUUUAAUAAACGCUGUGAUUGACAUGAGGAUAAGGAAAGCUGAUCAGAAAGCAGAUAAAACAUUGACUUUAGACAAUUUUGAUCAUUUUAAUAAAUAAAUAUUUAAAAACUUGCAUCAUGUGAAAGUUUAGUCAAGAGAUUUUAGAUAUUUUAAUAUAAUCAUAAAUAUAUCUUACAGUCUGAUGUAGGGCUGGGCGAUACGGCUGAAAACUGUAUCACGAUAUCAGUUGAUAUCGAUAAUUAUUGAUAUUUUUUAUUUAAAAUAAGGACCACGAGAAACAUCUAUAUAAUACAUAGAUCUAUUAGAUUUUAACCAGGAAACCUCCAAUAAUUAUAAUGUAAACAUGAGUCUAAAGUCACAAUGAACACUUAACUAUUAUCUCUUAACAUUUAAGGUGAGAAAUGACAGAAAAUGUAAGAAAUGUUUAAUAAAGUGUAAUAAAAUAGUGUGAAGUGUUAAAUAUGAACAGAGAAACCUGAGAAUUUAGUGUACAAGUUUAGUGUGAGGAAGUUCACUAGCUGUUCACCUUCUGGUGAAUAAAGUGUGUAAAAUAUGUGCAGUGUUUUGUAAAGAGAAAUAAACCUGAGGUAGACUGGGAUACGUCUGUAAUAUACGCUGCUUGUGCGGUGUUGCAGCUACGGAUGUUGUUGGUUGAAUACGGCUGUGCUCCCAAGGGUGAGCGCGACUAAGGUUUGUGGUAUUACUAGGUCUUUUUUGCGGGACGACGGUCUUGCAUAAUUUGCAGACGACACGGUCUGACUACGGUUUAAUAUCCAAAAAACUGCCGUACUGGCGAGCUGACUUUUCCUCGCUCAUUGUGGCUCAUUUUCUGCUUAUCAGUCGCCGGUUACUGAAGAGGAAUCCAGCAGACCAGCACGAGACAACGAUAUGGCGCAACCAAACCUGAUACAGUUACGUGAUUGGCUGUUAGCAUGUUAGUGUUAGCUAGGUUGCUAGGCUACCAGAGAGCGAGUGGCUUUGUUAAUGCAACCAAACUCGCUUCGCAACCUCUGUUUUCUUCUGACGAAGAAUAAAAAAAUCGAACUUUUUAUCGAACACGAUUUUUUAUUGAUAUCGAUCACAUGUCUAUCGCGAUACAUAUCGUUAUAGUUUUAUCGCCCAGCCCUAGUCUGAUGUGUGAGUAACAGCAUUAUGUCCUAAAAGGGCUCAACAGUCACCUUUAAAACCAUUUAAACUUGGAAAUAAUAAAAUUUAUAUUCAUUUUCUGUCA